AUCGAUAUGUGCUCUAAACAAACAAACAUGUAAUUAUUAUUAAUUAAAAUACGGAGAGUUCAUGUACCCCAAAACACAUAGUUUAGUGAUCCACCGAAAUGAGCGUGUGGCCAAGAUAUCCAAAUACCAGACUAAGCCUGUAGCAUUAUUAAUAUUGUGGUCUUAUUGAGGACUUUUGCAAUGCUGAGUGCGGAUCGGGAUUCGGUGGAGGAAGCAAAUGGAUCGUGCUCCACCUGGAAAUUCCGUUGCAGUGUGGCCAGGUGCCCAUACAGGACGAACAGACCUUAUAACCUGGCGCGUCAUGAGGAGUCCCACGUUGGUAUUACACAGUCCAAGCUGUACGGAUGCCCCGUUUGCUUUUACAGUACCGACAAGGCGUCGAACCUGAAGCGGCAUGUGUCCAUCAAGCAUCCUGGGUGCAAGAAGCGCCCUCCGGAAGUGCAGCAACAGCAUCGCAAUGCCAAGUUGCAGUGCCUGGUGAUGGGCUGUAGAUACGAGACAAAUCGUCCAUACGACCUCAAGCGCCACUUGAUGGUGCACAACAAUCCGGAGAAGAGCCACAGGACGUUCAAGUGCUCCCUUUGCACCUACAGCUCCGACAGAAAGGCCAAUCUCAAGCGGCACCACGAGCUACGCCAUUCGGGCAUAGAGGAGGCCAUUCAAACUGCGGAGGAACUGCGCCAGGAGAUGUUGCUGGAGAAGCAAAUGCUGAAGGAACAAAAGCUAAAAUAUCAGAUCACAGAGAAGCAGGAUUUGAAAAAUCUAAAGUUAAAGGAACAAAAGCAGAAGGUGCAAAUGCUGAGGGAUCAGCAAUCGAAACUAAGACAAACGAAACAACAGAUGCAGGAGGACCAGAGUCCUGUGCUGAAUCAGCAGCUGGAGCACGGAGAUAUUCCUUUGAAAGAAGACCUUUUAGGCAGUAUGCAACACGACGAGGAAAGUUUGGAAUUUGCUUACGAGGAACUGCAGGAGGAGGAGCAGCCGCCCAUCAUCACCAUUUGCAACCCGCAGAUUCUCCAUGGAGACAUCCGCGAUAAGCAUGUUAUCGCUGUCAACGUUGAUGGCCAGUUGCGAUGGUUCCAGUCAAUAGAUCCGCCGCCGGGAGCUCCAACAAAACUGGACCUGCCUAUAAAGAGCACUUCAAUUUCUGUCCAGCAGCAAAUGGACGAAUUAGACGAUGAGUUGGCCCAGUCCCUUGCCGAAGAAGAUCAGCAGGAUGAGUUUCUUGUGCCAAUGCUGAGCGGAGAGGAACCAGUCAAAAUAAAACAAUCAUCGCUGACAGAUCUGGCAUGGAGUUGGAGUACGCCGGAUGCUGUGCAUCAUAUAAGUCCCAAAGGGGAAGUCAAGGAGAAGCUUAGAACUGACGAUGCAGAUACAGAUUUUCCAGAUUGGUGGGAUGAUGGCAAGUACACAAAGAUGCAUAAGAACCAAACAUUUGCAAAUCACUCGAAGAAGCCGUCGCAGGAGAAUGUGCAGCGCAUUCUGCGCAUUAUCUAUGACAUUUACUACAAACCCUUCAAGGAAGAUCGCAAGCAGUUCGAGGCAUUUCAAAUUAAGGACUCCUGGCUGUGCGCGACUCGAAUGACUCGCAUGCAGAUAAUCAAGGACAUGUACUCUAAACAGGGCACGUUAAGUCAAACAUGAUGAUAAAAAAUGUAUCAUCCACUUAGUAUUUGUAUUGGUGAGAAGAAGAAUACCAUUAAGUUGUACAGUUUACUGUUUAAAGUGUAAAGUUAACGAAUUAAGAAAAUCCCAAGUACUUUAGCACUAGUAAAUUUAACCCUUAAUAUAAGCCCAAAAUCAAGUAUAGGAAUAGUUUAAACAGGAAAGAAUAAUAUAGUCGAGAUGCCCAACUAUCAGAUACCCUUUACUCUGCUAAUGUGAAUGCGAAAGCGAAAUUGAACGGGAUUGAUAUAGGGAAAAAAAUGAGAAAAAAUUUAAAAAUUGUUCAAAAAAGUAUGCGUGACCGGAUUUGCGGCUUUAGGUCGUUAGAGUGGGCGUGGCAAAAAGUUUUUUGGCAAAUGGAUAGAAAUUUAACCGACUAAUAAAAUUAUGAAAAUAUA